AUCGAAUGAAAGAUCAAGUUGAUAAUAAAAGUACAGAAUUAAGAACUGAACCUUGUUAAACAACUAAAUAAGUUCUCAUAUCUCAUAAUGGAGACUUACCUCUUAUUAGUCAAACCGACAUUACAUAUCCUAAAGUACCACAAAGUAGAGAGACACAAAAAUUACAAUGUGUAAAUUGUUCAAAAGUAUCUACUACUAAAUUAAAAUUCUAAAAUGGGAAAGGUGCCUAUUUGCUGAUGCUAUUGUUUAUUGUAUUUAUUAUUACAAUUCCUUUGGCAAUCCUUGUUUACUUUCUAAAAAUGUUCAAAGACGUGCAACAUUAUUGUUCAGAGUGUGGAGCUCUAAUAGGAACAAAGCAUUUUUUAAUUGGAUGA